AUGGGUGACAAAGCCAUUUUGACGGAAGUUCUAGAAGCCUCCAAUCUGACAGAAGCAUACGUGGAUUUGACAGCAAAACAGCUUAUCAAAGAGUUUAGAUUCUGUGAAUUCUAUUUAAAAACAUCUGCAAGUUCAGAAUUCGUCACGUGGGAGAUGACUUCGCAGUGCGCUACUCGAAUCUCGAUGAUCGGACGGAACAGGGAGAGCCGGCGGACCAACGAUCCCCGGAAAACGACAGGACAUUCACUGUGGACGAAGCUGUAGAAGCACUGGGAUUCGGACGGUUCCAGCUGAAGCUCUCUAUCCUCACAGGAAUGGCCUGGGUACGAAAGAGGGUAACCGGAAGAGAACCUAAUCGCAAAGAGUUGCAGAUGGCGGAUGCGAUGGAGAUGAUGCUUCUCUCUCUGAUCUCCCCCGCAUUGGCCUGUGAAUGGGGCAUUUCUUCUGUGCAACAGGCUCUUGUGACAACGUGCGUUUUCAGUGGAAUGAUGUUGUCGAGCACGUUCUGGGGAAAGAUUUGCGACAGAUUUGGAAGGAGGAAAGUGAGUAAAAGAAGUACGCGAAGGCCUACUGUAUCUAUUUCGUUCCAGGGACUCACCUUCUCCACUCUCGUCGCCUGUGUCAUGGGAACUCUUUCUGGAAUGUCUCCCCACUUCUAUGUGCUUCUCUUUUUCAGAGGACUAACUGGAUUUGGUAUCGGAGGCGUUCCUCAAUCGUGAUUUCUCUUCCUGGAUCAUUGUAUCAGUUGUUUUGUUUUCAGUGUGACUCUGUAUGCCGAGUUCCUUCCGACUGCCCAACGCGCCAAAUGUGUAGUUCUGAUUGAGUCCUUCUGGGCAAUUGGGGCUGUAUUCGAAGCCCUGCUUGCCUAUUUCCUAAUGAAUUCCUGGGGAUGGAGGGCUCUCAUGUUCUUCUCUUCAUUGCCUCUGGGCAUUUUCGCAAUCGCUUCCUUCGUGAGUUAGGUACCAUCGGAACCAUUUCAGUUGAUCCUUUCCAGUGGCUCCCGGAAUCAGCCCGCUUUGACAUGGCGUCCGGACACCCGGAACGGGCACUUGAGACUCUCCAAAUGGCCGCCCGGAUAAACAGAGUUCAGCUUCCGAUCGGGAGACUCAUCUCUUCAACUAAGACGGGCUCUGAAAGCCGAGGAGACAUCGCCAACCUUCUGUCGCCCGAUCUAAGAAAGACGACUCUUUUGCUGUGGUGCAUUUGGUUAGAAUUUGCUAGUUAAAAUCUCUGUAUUUCGAGAAUUUCAGGGCAUUAACCGCAUUCUCAUACUACGGAAUGGUGCUCUUCACCACCGUCCUCUUCCAAUCUCACGAUGAGUGUCACGGUGGACUCUUCUCGAAUGGAACCCAAUUGGAAGUGUGUCAACCGCUCACUCGAUCCGAUUAUUUCGAUCUUCUUUCGACCACUCUCGCCGAAUUCCCCGGUCUCAUCAUCACUGUCCUCAUCAUUGAAUGGUUCGGAAGAAAGAAAACGAUGGCUCUCGAGUACGCAAUCUUUGCUAUUUUCACUUUCCUUCUCUACUUUUGUCUGGAUAGGUGAGCCCAAAUGUCUGCGGAGAAUCUAAUUUCCCUUUUCUUAGAUUCACGGUCACAGUGCUCAUUUUUGUGGCGCGCGCUUUCAUUUCCGGCGCGUUCCAAUGUGCGUACGUCUACACUCCGGAAGUGUAUCCGACGACGUUGCGAGCCGUUGGACUGGGAACCUGCUCUGGUAUGGCCCGGAUCGGAGCCAUUCUGACGCCGUUUAUCGCACAAGUGAGAGGGAAAUGAGAGAAGGUCUUGAGUGCGUUGUUUGCAGGUCGCUUCGGAACAUUCCCUCUCUCUGCCCAUUGGCAUUUACGGAACGGCCGCCAUUCUCGGGUUGAUAGCGUCGUUGAGUCUUCCAAUCGAAACGAAAGGCCGUCAAAUGAUGGUGAGUGCCUUCAGAAGUCUCCGGAAAACACAUGCUCAUUGCUUGCAGGAUUCCCACUAG